AUGAAAUUUGCUCAAAACCUAGUUUUUCUUCCCGUCGCUUUAAACUUUCAUCGUAAAGUUAUUUUAGUUUGCAAUUUUACAUGCCAUGAAAAAUGUCUGAACACCGUAGCCUCGUUCUGCUCCGGUGUAGCGAUGCAGCUGAUUAAGAAUCCGGUGGCUCACUGUUGGUCAGAACCUGGCUAUAUUAAACGCAGAUUUUGCUGUGUUUGUCGGAAGAAAACUGACGACAUCCUUUCUGUCGAGUGUGAAGUUUGUGAAUAUUACGUCCAUGUCUUUUGCCAAGAUUUAGCCGUCAGUGAUUGCAAAGAAGCCGGGACCUUCAUUGGCAGCUUAGAACCGGCAACGCAGAAGCAGCACCAUCACUGGCGAGAAGGCAACCUGCCAGCAGGAUCGAAGUGUGCCGUGUGUCGUAAGACCUGUUGGUCUGCCGAAUGCUUGGCCGGAAUGCGAUGCGAAUGGUGCUGCGUGACCGUAAGCCUGACUGACCAAAUUGUCGUUGAUCGUCGUCAAACUGUAUGUGAUGUUCAGGCUCACGCGAUAUGCUACCGACAGAUCUCGCCGGAUUGCGACUUCGGUGUCCUACGUCAGAUCAUGCUACCGCCAAACUGCCUGACAGCCCCACGGACAGAGCUGCCGAUGGAGCAGCUGCUGAGCAUCAAAUGUAGAGACAAAGAUCCGUCCACUCCUCCUAAUGUGCAGAUACCAGAGGAUUCCGGUAGCUCAACGAACGAGGAAACAGGAAGAGACAAAGAAGACUGUAAGAUCUCGUUAUUAUUACAAUCGUGCUCCUCCAUAAAGCAGGCAGAUCAACUCAGCGACAUUUGUUAUCUUUACAUCUGCUCUAAUACAUUUUUGAUGCACACCAAAGAAAUUUAA